AUGGAAGGAAGUAAUCAGUCCGCUAUACGUGAAUUCAUCUUUAUGGGAGUCACCAAUGAACCAAAUAUAGAAGUAUUCCUUUUCACAUUUUUCUCAUUGAUUUACAUCGUUACUGUUUUCGGUAAUAUUGCAAUCAUAUUUCUGGUCUUGAUCACUUUACGCAGCCCAAUGUAUUUUUUUCUAGGUAACUUGUCCCUUUCUGAUCUAUGUUAUUCUACAGUUGUUACCCCAAAAAUGCUGAAUGAUAUUUUGUCGGAGAGGAAAUCUAUCACUUUUAUUGGCUGUGCUCUCCAGCUAUACUUCUUUGCAUUAUUUGCAAGCACUGAAUGUUAUAUUUUGUCUACUAUGGGUUAUGACCGCUAUGUAGCAAUAUGUCACCCCCUCCAAUAUGUAGUCAUAAUGAAUAAAACAAAAUGUAUACUUCUGAUGAGCGCUGUGUAUGGUGGCGGAUUGCUCACUGCGGGGAUUCACACCUCUUCUACAUUAACUUUAUCUUUCUGCGGACCUAAUGUCAUCAACCAUUUCUAUUGCGACAUCCCUCCUCUGAUGGAACUCUCAUGCUCUGAUACAUAUAUCAACAAAACCAUUAUAUCCUCUGUGGUUUUUGUUCUGGGAUUUGUUUCAGUAAUAGUUACGGUGGCUUCGUAUGUUUAUAUUUUUUUUACUAUCAUUAAGAUUCAGUCUUCAGAAGGGAGACACAAAGCCUGUUCUACAUGCACCUCUCAUCUUUUGUGUGUCUCCUUGUUUUACGGGACUGUUUUCUUCAUGUAUCUACGUCCAGCUUCUGGUUAUUCCGUUACACAAGAUAAAGUGGUCUCUGUUUUUUACACGAUGAUCAUACCAAUGCUGAACCCUAUUAUCUACAGCUUUAGAAACACAGAAGUAAAGGAAGCAAUAAAAAGACUUUGUUCAUAA